UUCUUUAGAACUAAAAACUAAAAAAAAAAAACAAGUUGAGGUUUUAGUUGAAAUUGAAAUUGAGUUUGAUCGGAGACCAUGUUAAUUGACCUGGUCGUGGCCCGAGAUUAGAUUUGUUAAUAAACAAUACCAGAUAUUAUCUGCCCUGGAGAAAGAAACAGCUAGAAGAGAUGAGGAAGAAUCACAAACAUUACCCGAUAUUUGUCAUCCAUUACAUCACCCUCUUUCUUCCUCCUUCCGAUCCCUAUCGGCAAAACCCACGCCGCAACUUCCCCCCUCGCUUUUGCUCACUCCCAAGCCCUCGAGAGCAGGACGACGACGCUUCAGAUUUAUGUCUGCAAUUGCUGCCGUCGCUUCAUCACGACGUCGUUCUCAGCAUCUCCGCACCUGCACCCUCUCCUCCUCCUCGGUUCCUGUUCUCAAAUUCAUGGUAUCAGGCACAGACUCGAUGCGAACUGGUUUUGAAGCGGAGAGUUUUGGGUUUCCUCAUGUCGAUACGUGUCUCUUCAUCUUCUUGCUCUUGUUUCGAGGGGGAACCCUUCCUUGACGUGCGCGGAUUGCUCUACUUUCCUUGUUUUUGAUCUGUUGUUUCUUUUUGACGGCUUUGUUUCCGGGAUUUGUGGAGUUGGGCAGGAGAUUGAGAUGGUUGGGCAGCGGAUUCAACGGAUCUGGAGCCGGUACAGGAUGCGCCGGAAGAGGAAGAUGAAGAGGUUAGAUAGUUUGGGCUCGAGUAGAGAUCUGAAGCCGCCGAUGGCGGUGGUGAAGGAGAAGAAGGCAAGAAAGUUGGAUGGAUUGGCGGUGGUCAGAUCGAGCCCGGUGAAGAAGAUCCGAGUUUUGUUCGCGGACCCUGACGCUACUGACAGCGACGACGAGGGUUCGACGAUGAUGAACAAGCGAGUGGUCCGCGAAAUUGUAGUGGACCAGAGGACUAAAACCUUAAAACCCCUAGAGGAUCCGGUGAAGAAGAGGAAGCAGGCGGCGGCUGUUCCUUCUGCUUCCUCCUGCAAGCACAAGGGCGUCCGCCAGCGGCGGUGGGGGAAGUGGGCGGCGGAGAUCCGCGACCCGAUCCGCCGCGCCCGACUCUGGCUCGGCACCUUCGCCACCUCCGAGGAGGCUGCGGCCGCUUACCGAGCCGCAGCGGCCAGGCUCGACGAGGAGAAGCGCCUCCGGCAGUCCAAGCCCCGACUGGCAACCGAGGACUCCGCUGUGUCAUUCCACAUCUCCGACCGGUCGCCAUCGUCGGUUCUAGCUCCGGCUGAGAAGCGCACCACACUGGAAGCGGAGGAAGAGAGGUACAUCGAGGAGCUCUUCGCAGGUGCGGACCUCGUCGGGCUCGACGCCGUCGACGCGCCGUUCCUCGUCGGCGAGCUUGGCGACGACUUCAUCGGCUUCGAUGAUCUUCCUCUUUGGGAGUCACAAUUGGACGGCGGAGAUUUUUUCCUCGAUCUCUAAUCCCCAUCCAUUUUUGCUAGAGGAAAAAAAAAUUAUAUUAAUCCUAAAUACAUAUCGAGAGAUUAUUUGUUACUCAAAUUAAAGAGGCACUGAGAAAGGUCAAAAAGCUAUAUAACACGUGACCAGCGCGUGUGUUGGAGUUUGUAGUGUGCUUUUAAGUCUCCGCGUGCUGGCCUCACUCGUGCCACCACCUGGCGACUCGGUUAGGUAGCGGCGUGGUGGGAAUACGCGACUCGGUCAAUUAAAUAGAUAAACGCGAUUUGUUAAUUGAAGAAGUUAGCGGUUAAUCAAUAUUAUAAUCGUGUUGCGGUCU